AUGAAACCUCAGGAAUGGAAAUGGCGUUAUGCCAUUUUAUUCUGUGACUGUAUUGUCGUGUUCGGGGUGUAUUACUUUAUUGACCUGCCGAGCUCCUUACAAGUGGAUUUUGUGUCUGGCUAUGAAAUGCAUUGCCAGGUCAACGAAAGCAUAAUAUCCGCUGCAUGUUGUGAAACAUGUCUUGGCCUUGGGUCGAGUCGCUACAACUUACUUUUCACUUUUCUCUUCUGGACAUCUUCCAUAGCAUCUCCCCUUUCAGGAUACGUUAUAGACAGAUUAGGAAACAGAGUAUCUGCUGUAUCAAUAAUGUUUUUGACAUCACUCGGAGCUAACCUAUUUGCUAUUGCUGGGUCUAGUCUUCUGCGGCACACCUCAGCAAUGUUCCCAGUAAUGGUAAUAGGAAGAAUGCUACUUGGGUUUGGAAAUGGACCUAUGAGAAUUGUGCAAGAUCGAGUUAUAGCCCAUUGGUUUGCCGGAGAUUCCUUCUUGGCGGUCAGUUUGAUCACAUCAACACGUAGGGGUGGAACACUGCUGAACUUCAUCACGACUGCUAACCUGGCCGCAAAAUUCGGGUUCACCUGGUCAGUCUGGUUUGGGACAAUUAUGUGUUCAUUCGGUAUCCUAAUUGCAUUUGUUAUGGCAUUUUUGGAUUUUUAUGGGACUAAAAAACUGGAUGUCCUGUCUCAAAAUCGGAUGGCUAGCAAGCCUUUUAAACUGGCUGACGUCACAAACAUUCCGAAGACUUUCUGGAUCCACGUGUCUAUGAUUUCAUUAAACGCCUGUUCAUUUGGCUCGUUCGUUGCAAAUGGAUCACACUACCUCCAGUUAAGACAUGGCUAUACAAAGGCAAUUGCUUCCUAUGUGACCGGCACAUCAUAUGCCGUACCUGUGUUUCUUGCACCUUUCAUAGCAUUAUUGCUGAAAAGGAUAGAGUGUAAUGGAUUGGUGGCAACAUUUGUCACAGUAUUUAGCGUACCAAUAUAUCUAUUGCUGUCCUACUGUCCAUCAAUACCACCAGUCAUUCUCACCGUGGCUAUCGGCAUUGUUUAUACAUUCGAUGUGAUAAUUAUGUGGCAAGUGACCAUUGACAUGCUGCCCCCAGCUGUGUUCGGGACCGGGGCAGGGAUAGCAGUGUUUAUGGCAAGAUUUUUCCUAGGUCUUAUGUAUUUAUCUGUUGGCGCCAUUGUUGAAGAUGUGCGUAAUCACCGAAGUCAUCAAGAACAGAUUUGCGCGUACCAGAAUGCGCUGUUGCUGAUGGCAGCUGUAACGUUCAUGUCGGUGUCAUGUGGGGUAUUGCUCAACAUACUGGACAUUCGCAACGGUGAUGGUGUCAACAAACGUUUUAUGAAGAACAAACCUUUUGAAAUCUCAGAUUCAACACAACUUGUUAGUGACGACAAGGUUCGCGAACGUUACAAAAGUAACGACACUGGUGAGGGAACUCAUGUGGAACCAGAAUGA